UGACAGUGUAGAUCAAUGGCGAGAUGAAUUUUACUUUAAUAACGUAGAAACGUUAUAGAUUUUACUUAAACGUAUUCAAUUUAACCCCGCUUUUCAAAAAGCUAGCUAGCGUGCUAACAUUUGCGUACAAUAAAUGAUUAACUAACGUUAGAACGUUACACAUCAAUUGACGUUACUUUCCUGUUCCGUCAAUUUUUAGCACACUGCUACGUCCGCUUGCUAAAGCACACAGUGGCUGGGAGGACUGGGGCAGACGACAGCUUUACUCCACUCCAGGUUUUCUCGUCCACUCCACCUUCCAGCUCCUACGACGAGGUUUUUGGCCAGCGGAGACCGUAGGUUGCGUCUGGUGGAGGGAGAGUGAGCGGGGCUGCCCUGAAUGGAUUGACAUAAGAGGGAUUUACAUUUUAACGGGUGUCGUGCUCCGCAAAGACUACACGGUGCACGCUGAAAACAAACUAUUCAGCUCGAUGUUUGUUCACGGUGGUGUUCGUAUCAUGUCCAUGUGUCAUCGUCGUGAGAGGAUUGAACUUGCCAGCAGUCUAUAUUUGCCGAGGAGGGAAACCAAUACAAGGUCUCGCUGUCUCGCUGGAGCGGAGUAUUAUUAGCAGUUCAGACAGUGCAACUGUCUCUCUCUGGUCAUGUGCUGCAAUUACCCAGUUACAACAGCAUCAUAAUUUGCAAUUCAAGAGACACACAAGAUAAAAGAAAAAUUAAAAAAAUAAAAAAUAAAGCGUGUGCUGAGCAAAAGAUAAACAUUCACCUGGCUCCCAUGCUGGCUGCCAGAAAUCCUCCUUUCUACACCCUCAGCCAUGCCUGCUACUACCAAAUCCACCAAGAGACUGACACCUGCUCAGAGAAAAAAUGGCCAGAAAGUAAUCAGCACUAAGAGGCAAACCUGUAACUCAAAUAAAUCCAGAGGAAGACUAACAGAGAGACCCCAGAAAACACCUGCAGAGCCCAAAAGGUCAACAGUCAGGGUCCAGGCACAGUCAGGCCGAAACACCCGUGGAAGAGGGGUUAGUGGGCUUGCUGGUCAAGACUCUGGGAGAUCACCUGGGACAGUUAACCAUGCCCUAAAUGUAACAGGAUCUGCAAGGCUUAGACGACCAAGCAAUCUGCCUGACCACUGUAGCGGGAUACAAAACCCCGUAGGGCGAAGGAAGUCCCUGAGGGGCACAAAGGUGUCCGUUACUCCCUGCCAGCCUCUCAAAUCUGGCAGAGGUGAGAGGAACAGCAGAGCGAGUGCAAGGAGAAGAACAGCCUCACAGCAAAUAAACUCAAGAAACCAGCUGUCAAGCAGCAGUAUUAAUGAUUCAGUUCGUGAGAAAAAUGAGAAACCGCACCCCUGUGAUGCUGAAGAAAAACUCCCAGUUUCUCUAAGAACUGAUUCUGAAGUUCUUGUGAGCAUCAAAGAUAAGGGUCUAGGUGUCAACAAUGCUAAAGAGGGCAGCCCUCUAAAAGCAGAUUCACCACCAUGUAACAACACACUGGAAGAUUGUGUGCAGUGCAGCUGUGAUAGUACUAUAACCCAACAAGACAAUAGCUCUGUCAGCCAUACCAGUGAAGGUGACCUGAGGUGUGUGACUGGGGCCCCUGUGGGUGAUGAUAUUGUUGGACAGCUAAAACUCUGCAGUGUCAGAAGUGAAGAUAGCGCCUCUGAGCCCGCUGCACUAACAAGUAUUGUUUCACCAGGAGUGCAGGGCAGCAGUGAAGGAAAUAAUGGUUCGGCCUUCCUUGGAAAUAAGCAUGCUCAUCUUGUCAGUGAUGGUAAGCAAGAUGAUGAGUGUACUAUCCAGGAAGAGGAAGGCAACAUGUUGGACUUGAAAGAUAAUAGGACAGUUGAAAGAGUGAUUGUUGUCACUGAGAGAAAAGAGAAGAUAAAUUGUGAGAGAAGAGAGGGUCUAGAGGCAGAGAAAGCAGUUGAGAGACAAAAUGAGACUAUGGAAGAGAUGGAGGAGAUGGUCGAGAGGCUGGGUGUUUGUGAGGAAGGAAAAAUUGAAGAGGAGAAUGAUGUUCCUAUCGAUCCUGCCCACUCCCACCCCAGCACUCCAGGCCCUAAACCUCCAGAUCCACCUCUCUCUAACAAUGCACUGACCACACAGUCAGAAUCCACUUCAAGUGUGCUACCUGUCUCCAACACAGCUACCUCAAUUCCCACCAAAGCCCCCUCCACCUCAGAGUCACUUGAGCUAGAGGUUCUGAGCCAGGGUAAGACAGACAUGCAACCUACUGUUCAUGGUGCUAAACCUAAAUUCCCAAGGUCCUCAGCUGUCACUGAAAAUGCCCUGAUGUCGCAAACUGUUCUAGUGAAAAGAGAUACACCGGUUAUUGUCCACAGUGACACCCUCAAAUCUAGGAGCUUGAGAGAUUCAAGCCAGGGGGAACCACACCAACUGCUAAGCCCACAGAUAACUUCUCCUCAGGGAGAAAGAGAAGCUUGCACACCAGCAGAAACGAAGACCAAAGACACUGAAUCUAAUCACGAGCCAUUGGAGCCUCAUGGCCAGAAGCAGACAUCUACGCUGUCAUUCUUGCUAGUUCCUCAGUUGAAGACUGAUGCCUUUACGGUUGGGUGUGAACCGAGCGUCAGCGAGAGCAGUGUUGUGGUAGCACCGCCAGAGCAGGACCCAGUGCCAAAAAUCUGGACUCCUUCUCUGGACAGCAGCUCCACCUUCUCCUGCAGCUCAGAAAGCACUCGUUCCUCUUUUUCUUAUGACACUGAAUCAGAGGCUGGGUAUGGAGAGUCAAGCCCCUCUAUACUGCCUGCAUCCUGGGGGCCAGAGAUGGCUUGCUUGCCCUCCUGGACUGCUCAGAAACCACAGAAGAAGGAAAGGAAGAAGCGGAGCAGGUGUGGGAUGUGUGAGCCGUGCCUGAGAAGGAUCAGCUGUGGCCACUGCAGCUGCUGCCUCAACCGCAGGACUGGCCACCAGAUCUGUAAGCUGAGGAAGUGCGUGGAACUGAAAAGGAGAAGACCUUCAUCUCCCCUAACUCUCUCUACUGCACAGGUGGUUCCAGAAAGUGGGUCGGUAAAUGGCAAAGGCAAGGCACAGAUGGAUGAUACCCACACGGCAGCGGAGGAUGAUGAGGGGGAGGAACGCCACAUACCUCAUACACAGUCUCCCCCCAUCACCCACUCACUCACCCACAACCAGGCCUCAGACCAAGCCGGACGACCAGCUCUUGUUAAAAGAGAUCCUGAGCUGGAGCUAACCAGUACUGCACUUCACCAACAUGUAUGCGCUUCUGUGACUUUUCACAAUGGUUCUGCUGAGAAUCUGACUAAACCUAACGGUGCUAAUAUGACCACUGGGUCACACUCUGAUCUGAAAUGUGCAUAUAAAAGGGCUACGACUGCAUCAGAGCCUCAAAGAACUAUAAUAGCUACGAUCCCUAAAGACUGGUCUGAGAAUGGACCCAGGACUCUUCCAGAUGACGUGUCAGUGCCACUCAAAAAGAUCAAACUGGAGGAGUCAUGGAUGUGGAUCACUGAGCAGGCCACCACACAGCUGAGUAAUGAAAAUGAGGUCUGUGAAGACCCUCUGUCCACACUGGCGGCCGUGGUAUGUCUUUCUGUCACAGAGAGGAAGGGACUGGAGGAGAAACUUUUCAGCUCACGAUCUUCCAUUCUUUGCUCCAUCAAAACAGAGCCACCAGAUUUGCACUUUGUCAAGAAAGAGCCAGAGGACUUUAAGAAUGACUUGUGUCAGAAAAGCACUCCUGUUAGCCUGCAAAGGACUUCCCAGCCUAUCAAAAGUGAACCUCCUCCAAGUGUCUUGCUGCCAAGCGUGCAGUCUUUGGCAGAGAAGAGGAAUCUGAGUUUUGAUCAGGCUAUUGCUAUUGAGGCCUUGACUCAGCUGGCAGCUAUACCUCAAAGCACCCCAGGGUCCAUUAAAGCUGAAAGUAAGUGUGAACAUCCAAUUUCUACUGCUGCCCCAUUUUCAACCUCAAAUGCAAAUACAGCCCUGCAAGAAGCCAAACCCACAGCAGCUAUCCACAACAACAAAGUCUCGGUGAUCAGCUCACCACGACACCAGAUGUCAGUCAUACGCCCUCCUGUGGCCAGACAAGGGAAUGUCAUCCAGUGCUCCCAGGGGUUUAGCUCUAAUACAAAGCUGUCUCUGCAGAACCUUUUAGAGGCCAGCUCAGACAAUGAUAAAACACCCUGCACAAGGAUGGAGCGUGUCUUUGGUCCUCAUUUCAUCAAGUCAGAAAGCAGCUAUAGAGAUGCCAGUGAUAUGAAGUUCAGUAAAGAUCAUGAACAGUUGUUUGGGGGUGACAAAGACAGGGGUGUUGGUAAAAUGGGAAGAAACAGAGAUGAGGAGGAGGUGGCAGCUCAGCUUGCAGACCUGGCGUUCAUCAUCCAGUCCCGACACAACCAACAGUCAGAGAACAACCCUCCAAAAGGAACACCUGUGUCGGCCAUCAAAUACAACUACAACUCCCAGCUACCCUCCAGUCAGAAAAAGACCCUCUUGAAAAAAACAAAGGCAACACCUUCCAAGCCAAGGAAGAAAAAGAUAAGUGAUGGAUUACAUGAGGGAAUCAAAUGCAGGACCCCCCUCUCAAAACGCAUGCCAAAUGGAGCGACGGCCCACAGGAGCAGAGGCAAGAAGAUUGUCCCACAAGGGAAAUCAGGCCUUCACCACAAGAGGAACCUGUUUCUGCCUCAGGCUCAAAUUGACCUGAAGAGAUACUUGGCUGAGGCCCAGGAGGAGAGAAGGCAACUCAUCCAUCACAGUAAUGGACACAAUACAGCCCUCUUAGGUCCACAGAUUCAGAACUACAACAGUCUCACAAACAUCAGCCACAUUUGUGGUCAAGAAAACCAGCCAUGGUCCCUUUUGAAUGGUCCACUCCACCAACACAGUCCAUGUAAUGGUCAUGCUGCAGGACCAGAGCAGGACUGUCAGAGGCAUUUGUUAUCUCAGGUAGUGCAGCCCUGUGGUGGGCUGCAGCACAGUGCUGACCCUAAUACCAGCCCAGCCAAUGCUGCUUUCCUCAACCACACCACUGGGCGACAUGGUCUGGCUAAUGGCUUCUCAGGGGCUCGGCAGUCCCCUCCUCCAAGCCAGCAGGGCUACUACAAGCUGGAGAGAUCAGGACCUGUCACUGUCCUGUCCACUGCUACUGAUGGGGAUCUGGGCCACUCUGCAGAGUCAACUCCAUCCAAGAACAGCAUCAACAGCUUUCUGGAGUCUCCUUUGAGUUUUCUGGAUACCCCAACAAGGAACUUGCUUAAUACACCUUCCAAAAAACUGUCUGAUCUUCCAUCCUGUCAAUGCAUGGAUCAAAUCAUUGAAAAGGAGGAAGGCCCUUACUACACUCACCUCGGGGCAGGACCUAAUGUUGCUGCAGUAAGGGAAAUGAUGGAGAACAGGUAUGGUGCCAAAGGAAAUGCAGUACGGGUGGAAGUUGUUGUUUACACUGGGAAAGAAGGAAAGAGCUCCCAAGGGUGUCCAAUAGCUAAAUGGGUGAUCCGGCGUGACAGUGAAGAGGAGAAGCUGCUGUGUUUGGUACGCCAGAGGCCAGGGCACUUCUGUGACACCGCCGUGCUAGUUAUCCUCAUCCUGGCGUGGGAGGGAAUCCCUCGGCCAGUGGCGGACAAUCUCUACCAGGAGCUCACAUGUUCGCUCUUUAAAUAUGGCUCCCCUACUAGUCGUCGCUGUGCCCUCAAUGAAGAUCGUACAUGUGCAUGCCAAGGUUUGGACCCAGACACCUGUGGAGCUUCGUUUUCCUUUGGGUGCUCCUGGAGUAUGUACUUCAAUGGCUGUAAGUUUGCCCGCAGCAAAGUACCCCGCAAGUUCCGCCUGCUCGGAGACUACCGGGAGGAGGAGGAGAAGAUAGAGAGCCACCUUCAGGGUCUCGCCUCUGACCUUGCACCACUCUACAAAAGACUGGCUCCUGAGGCCUUCCAAAACCAGGUGGAACAUGAGGAGGAAGGUGGAGAUUGUCGGCUAGGCUGGAGGAAGGGACGUCCGUUUUCUGGGGUCACUGCCUGUGUGGAUUUCUGUGCCCAUGCUCACAAAGACACUCACAACAUGAAUAAUGGCAGCACUGUGGUUUGCACUUUAACCAAGGAAGAUAACCGUGCAGUGCGUAACAUACCGGAAGAUGAGCAGCUCCAUGUUCUGCCACUUUACAGGAUCUCUGACAGGGAUGAGUUUGGUCAGGUUAAGGGCCAGUGGGCCAAGAUCCAAAGUGGUGCCCUGCAAGUUCUGUCCUCCUUUCCGCGAGAGGUACGUCUACUGGCUGAACCAGUAAAAUCUGCUCGUAAGAUAAGACAAGAAGCUCGUCAGAAGGCUCAAGCAGAGAAACUGGAGAAGAAGCUCGGGCUGACGCAGCUCACUCCUGGGAAAGUGAAAAGUGAAACCCCCAACAAAGAGCCUCAGGGCUACUAUGGCUCACACAGACCACCACCCAGACCUGCCAGUGUUGGAAGAUACGUACCAGACAGGAGUCAUCCCAGCACUUACAGCCAGAGCACCAGCAGCUACCCCCCUCUGGGUGCAGGGGUCACCCCACAGAAGGAGGUCAUGUCCCCCAACCACCAUGGCCUGUCUGUCCUCCAGUUUAGACAGAACGGCUCAGCUCUUAAUUAUAAGACAAUGAGUGAUGCCGUGAAUGGUUAUUCUCCCACAUCUGGUGAACCGAGUGUUGCGUCAGAACCUAUACCUCCACAUAAUGCUCUUAGUGACUACAGCCCUAGUUUUAAAACUGAGCCCAACGAGGUGCACUGCUCUCCUCUGCACAGACCCUCCCCCAGUGGGAGCGCGCCUCCUCCCUCCUCCUUCUCCCCCAGACCUACCUCUGAGGGCCUCUUCAGCAGGCUCAAUGGACUCCACAGGCCUGGAGAAGAUGUCACAACUGAGAUCAGAGGUCAUGGCCUCCCUCCACUCUCAUCUGCCCCCCCUCCUCCACAAACUCCCCCUCUUGAACCAGAGGAAGUUAAGCAGGAAGAGGUAUGGUCAGACAGCGAGCACAACUUCCUGGACCACAAUAUAGGUGGAGUCGCCGUGGCACCUUCACACGGUUCUAUUCUCAUAGAGUGUGCACGGCGGGAGCUCCACGCCACAACCCCUAUCCUUAAGCCAAACCGCAGCCAUCCCACCCGCAUCUCCCUGGUCUUCUACCAGCACAAGUCUCUAAAUGAACCAGGCCACGGGAUGGCCAUGUGGGAUGCCAAAAUGGCCAAGCGGGAACGGGAACGGGAGGAGGAAGCUGAGAGAAUAAGGAUGGAGGACAUCUCGGGCGGAUAUGCAGGGAAGAACAACAAAGGAGAAAGAGGUGUGCACCUACAGGAGGAAACAGAGGAGGAUGAGGCAGAGGAGGCAAGGAGGAUCAUCAAAGUCCCCACACGUCAAGCAUGCACUCUUCCGAGGGAUGGUGUCAUCACCGUCUCCCCUUAUGCUCUUACCCAAGUGACGGGCCCCUACAAUCGCUGGACUUAGUCAUCUUGUUUUACACACACACACACACACACACACACAUACAGAGAAAACUCCUAAAUCCUGUGCUUCUGCCUUACCUCAAUCAAUUUCAAACUGCUACUCUCAUUUUUAUGUUGUUUUCAUUGUGCUUUUCUAAUAUCUGUUUGUUCACUUUGUCCUUCUUCAUCUCUGCCUGCAAAGGGAUGAGGAAGACCAAAGUUUGUUGGCUUUUUAACUGUGACUUUCGGUGUUGUUUUUAUUGUAAAGAGAUGGUGCUUUGAAGCAUUUUAAGACAUUUUUAAACUGGUUUUAUAUACAUGAUUAAGAACAACAAAGAUGUGAUUAUUUAUUCUGAUCAUAACAAUUUCUAUUUAAUUCCUGGUGUAAGCCUGUUUACUGCUAGAUUUCUAUGAUAACCUGCAUUAUGUGUUGACGCUCAGAAUUUAUGUUGUACAGUAGGGCUAUGGUCUUUAUUUUCAGCCAAUAAGAUCAAUCUCAUUGGCUUUUACAUUGGUGCCAUUCUCGCUGUAACCUCUGUUUAGCAAACUCAUUACAUCACAUAAUGUAGAAAACAAGACUAAUUUGUGCAGAUUUUUACUACAGAUUUUCACAUGUAGCAUCGUGCUUUUCCUUCUGCUGCCUCUGACUUCCGUUGGCAGUAGAUGAAAGAAACGUACAUCUUUUGUUUGAUGUUUGGUUUAUUUUCUCCACGUCUGGAUGGUUUGUCUCUUAUUCACACAUAUGUAUGGCAUAUUAAGAAGCACUUUUUUGUUUUCCUAAACUUAACUUGAAAAAGGUCCCAGUCCAUUGGCCUGAAUAUGUAUGUACAGACAGAGAUAUAUAUGACAGUUUAGUAUGAACCCGGUUUUAUUUUUUCAGUAUUUCUGCAUUUAUUUGAUUGAAAAUGACAUACAUAUCGAAUGAAAUUCAAAACUUUAAGCAUUAUGAGGAGCCGUGAAAUGCUGCAACAAUGAAGUGCUCAUCAUUAUUGGCACUUAACUUUACUUAACUUUAAUGUUCACAUUCUGGAAAAGGAAUUUAAAAGCCUUUCAUGGGGCACAAGUGUGAUCAUAGGAUUUCAGAAACUUAAUAUACUUUUUAAUGGUGCUAAUGAGAACUCUGAUUUUUUUUUUCUUUUUUUUUCUUUUUUUUUUUUACAAAAAUCACAAAGUGUCAGAUUUGAAUGCAAAACUGCGUUAGCUAAUGCUGACUAUUCAAUCUAUUUCUUCUUUUGCCUCCUGUCUGCUCUUGUUGGAAAACCACUCAAACAUCAGAUCCCACUCAGACAAUUGCCUAUGACGAUUUCGGGUGCUCUGCCCUUGUGAAGACUUUGUUUACAGAUAGCUUUUAUUUUACAGGGUCUGAAUAAGGGGGUUGGUGUCAACUCCUGGUAAAUCAGGAUUUUUUUUAUUCCCCAUGAAAGAGAAGCUCUUUAUUUUAAGAACUCAUCAAUAAUAUUUCAGCACACCUGAUGAACACCUUUUACUGCUAUUCACACUAACACUGGUGAGUUUCUUGUGAGAAACAUUUUGGACUUAAACACACUUUAACUUCCUUUUGGUGCUAAUAGGACAAGAUGUCAAGGUACAUAUGUAGACCUAACCUGGUUAUAUGCUUAUUGGCGAUGCCAUGGUGCUUCUUUUAAAACUCAGCACACACUGAUCUGAUAUAUGGUUCAGGAGAAAGGUAAUUUUAUUGUUUCUCUGGAUAAUUACUGGCUGACAACAGACAGAAAUGUGUUUGUAUCCCACCUUUGAUCAUGAUGUUAUGGACCAGUUACGUAGACAGUACCUGUAAAAACAAAUUAUUGCGCAGAAUUUAGAGGUCUUCCACAAUUCUCAAAAAUCACCACAAACAAAAGGAAAUGAAUGUAAACAGUUUUUAAUCAGUUCAUUUAGAAAGGAUAUUUUUGAACAUGACAAAGUUACAUUUGCAAAUGUUUCUUUUGAUUUACUGUGGGGGACAUUUCAGCACACCCGACACUGAAAGUCUUUGUACCAAUGAGGAACUAACAACUAGCACCAGCAUUCUGAAAAAUCUAAAAAGAAAAAAAAAACUUUUAUUAGUAGAAAAUGUGUAAAUAUGUAUGUGAACCAUAUUGUUUUUACUGUACUGUUAAUGGUGUUUAGACAAUGGAUGAUCUUGCUUAUUUUGAAACUGAAUUACUGUAUGUUGCUAAAAGUAUAUCCAGUUAGGACUUGAAAAGAGACUAAAUUUAGCAUUCCUUUUAUGGAUGGCUGUUUCUCUUUCAGGAUUGUGAAAUAAAGUCAUAUUUAUAUUUUGGACCUGA